AUGGUCUUCGGCUCUGCCCCGGCGCUCCUUGCGACGCUCUUGGCCGCAGGGCACUCUGCGGAGGCUGGCCAGGUGUGCAGACCAACCCCAGACUGCUUCGACGGCCGCUGCCUCGGCACGCCCGUGGAGUUCUUGCCGGUGGACCUCCAGCUCGACAGCUGGACCGGUCUGAGCUACGUCCGGUCCAACACGUCCGUGCGUGCCCACUCCCUGGUGCAGAAGGACUUCGGCAUCUUCCUGCACGGGCCCAAGCUCCGGCCUAAGCAGCGGAAGCCAGGGCACUAUGCGCCGCCGCUGUACGUCUCGGGCUCGCUGGUGGACAAGAUCUGGCGCAUCGACGAUAUCCAGACUGCUCCAGCCGGCGCCGUGGCUGCCAGCAUGAAGUUCGUCUCCUGGGCCAGCGCGCCCUCCACGAUGUGGUUCGUGCCGCCCGCGCGCGAUGGCGGGCCAGAGAGGUUCUUAGUUGCCGAAGGGAAUCCGUUUUUCCUGAACCCUGGGAACCAUACCUCAGAGAUGUGGGCCGGCGGCGUGGACCUGGUGGACGAGGAGAAGUGCACCACCCUCUUCCCGGUCAGCGCCUUGGACAGGUUCGCGGGCAAGGUGGUAAACACCGUGGAGUGCCAUGCUUCCGGUUAUUGUUUUUUCUCAGUCUGGAAGUUCUACGACGAUUCACUGCCUUCGAAUGACGAUUGCCUUUACUGGUGCCAGACGAGCUCGCCGGACGACCCCACUACUUGCACCCAGUCGGGAAUCUUGACCGACGAGAGCGGCAAGCAGAUUUGCCACGUUAGCGGCACGGGAGCCGUGCACGGGUUCAUGCUCGGAAAGACUGACGUGAACAACAGCAAUUCGUUUGACAUGUUGUUGCUCUACACAGGUAAGGGCACUUUCGACACAGGCGAGUCCCACAUGGAGAUGUUGAAGAUUGUCGUGAGCAAUGACGGGGCACCCAAAACCGUUUCGCGCCGAGCAUGGGGUACCGACUUGACGAACAAGUCAAUCCAAGUAGGCCACGACGUGGGUUGCGACCACGCGUGGACGGAUGACGACGGGAAGUACAUAUGGGUCGGGUCUUUCAGGGAGAAGAACGACGGUGUCCACAUGAUGGACUACGACACAGGGAAGUUAGUUCACUCGAUCCACGGCAUAUCAAGCGUCAUCCCGAACAGCAAGUACACUUACGUUUCCGGGAUCGACGGCACCGGUAGUUGGGGGAAGCCUGGAUCUGUCUUGGCCGUCGCCACGUGCCAGAAGUACGGAACGCAGUUGACUGGAGGCGAGAGCGCCAUGCUCCUCAUCAACAUUUCCCAGGGUGUUACCGCGGCCCCUGCACAUGUGACGACCGAGCUCAUCGUGUGA